UUGAAUGAAGCUGGGAAUAGGUAGUAGAGAUACUUGCAUCCUGAACUGUGAUACGUGUAUCCAAAUACUUAACCACAAAGUUACAGUUUGGGAUACUUUUGAAACUGUAACGCAAGAAUGUUUAACACGGUCCCUUGUGUAUCUACUUGCACUAAAGAUUUGGAAAAGAUGGAUGUGGACUGUUUACAAGACAGCCGACAGAUGGCAAAGCUCUCCACAGACAUGAACGAAAUAGAGGCUGUGGAGGUCCUUAUGACCAUAAACAGCAACUGGAGGAACAGGAGUUCGCUGAGAAAAGAGCUAAGGCCCCUGACUCCAUUCUCAGACUCUUUUGGUGAAGAGUCCCUACUCCCUGGCCCCGCACAGUUCCAUCCCUCGCCUUGUUCAUUACAGUGUAUGACUCCGCCACACAGUCCUGUGACCCUUGAGCCCUCGUCUGUUACCACAGAUGCUCCAGUUCAGACUGCCCCUUGCUGCGAGGGCAGCUCGAGGCCCAGGGCUCAGGCCACCAGUGUGAUCAGGCACACAUCAGACGUCCAGUCGUGUUCAUGCUAUUCUGAGAACACAACAAGCGUGGACACUGUAUUACCUCUGCUCAGUCCAGACGGGCCAAACAAAGCCCAGGUGGGUGGCUCAGCUGGAAAUGAUUCAAAAGUACAUGGGGCCCCCUUGUGUGCACCAUGUCCUUUGACUAUACUCAAGGGCUCAGAAAUGGUCAUACUUCCGGAUUCAGCAGGAGCAGCAGCGGGAUUUUCCAUUGGAGGAAACACUUUUUCAAUGCCAGUUCAGUACCGGAUCAUCCCUGCUGUCUCACCAAUGGAAAACUCAGGAGUGGCCAUGACACCGGCGCCCACCGACAGUCCGACUGUUCUGUGUCAACCUCCUGUGGUUCUUGUGGGUCAUCAGAUCCCCAGGGGCUCUGUGAUGUUCAUUGUGCCACAGCCCACAGCUCCCAAACAGCCAGUGGCCAUCACCAAGGGCGGCACUAAAUUGGCCGCCAUUGCCCCGGCGCCUGGCUUCGGGCCCUUGGUGAGGCAAGUCAGCCCUCGGUCAGAAGAAAGCACCCGGAUUCGCAGCCAUGUAUGCAGCCAUGCUGGGUGUGGGAAGACAUACUUUAAGAGCUCUCACCUCAAGGCACACAUGAGGACCCACACAGGGGAGAAGCCAUUCCGCUGUAGCUGGGAGGGAUGCGAGAGGCGCUUCGCUCGUUCGGACGAGCUGUCCCGCCACCGCCGCACCCACACAGGGGAGAAGCGCUUCACCUGCCCCGUCUGCCAGAGCAGGUUUAUGCGCAGCGAUCACCUAUCUAAACACGCUCGGCGCCACCUCAGCAGCAGCAGCAGCAGCAGAAUGCCCGGGUGGAAGCUACAGUUGGGUAGGCUGGGGCAUCUCACAGCUGUGUGUCGCCCCCUACAGCCACUCACAUGAAACUGCACUGGGGAGAAGAGCAGGGGAGUUUACAACCAGUGAGGAGCUUGUGCUCGAGGAAAGUCCAGCUUCUGAUGGUACACUGAUGCAGGUGGUUCAGUUGGAGAAUGAUGUACGCACUGAAAUGCAAUGGCUAAAAACUAGUCUCAUCACUGUAUUUUAUCUGGUGAGGUUGGAUGGUAAACCUAAGACCAGAUACCUGGCAAGUGUCUUAUCGUGGACUUUCUUGGGAUACAACACUAGGUGUCAGUGUCCCUAUUAUGAAGGGGUGCAGUUAGGACCCAGCACAUUGCUGAGCUCUAAUGGGCAUGUAAACAUGUGGGCUACUUUGACUAUGUUCUUAUUUUUUUUACUGGUUGCUAUAUAGGUUACUAUUUAAGAGCUAUCGCAGAUGCCUCCAUGUUGAUAUGUGAAAACUACAUUCAUGUAUAAUGUUUGGGUUGUUAUAUUUAUCUGUUCUCUAUCCUGUUCUUGGGGAGCAUUGACCAAUAUGAAGAUUUAGAAAAGUAAAUAAAGUAAGCAAUCAACAGUAUUGUUUACUUUUUAAUUGCCUCACAAAUGUUUCGGGCUAACACCCUUCUUCAGUGUGAAAAAUGGCAAUUAAAAAGUAAACGAUACUGUUGAGUGCUUGUUUUAUUUAUUUUUCUAAGUUUUUGAUUUAUUAUCAAGAAAGUUUAAGCACCCAGUUGAAGUACUAUAGGGUGUUGAGCGCGCUUCCUUAUUCCAAUAUGAAGAUUACAAUCAACUUUGAGACUAUCAGGGAUUCCUUAAAAGUAUUUGUACACACGUCAAAGUCACUUUAAUGUUAUUUCUGUUCGCCUGUUUGUUUAUCGUGGAGUAUUUGCCAACUAAGAAGAAUUGUUACAGUAUUUUGCACACUGAAUAAUGUUCCAAAAUGGAAAUAAAUCCUUUUUUUUUA